CCUUGGCAAACAUUCCCUCUCAAUCUCAUCAUGAUCUUGCUCUCCAGGGUCGUUAAUGAAAGGAUAAUCAGCAGCCCAGUGAUAAAACCAUUUCCUCUCUCGAAGCAGAACUGCUUCAGCUCAGCUUCAACAGACUUGGAGAAACUUAAAAUGAGAUUCCAGCACUUCUUCUAUAUUAUCCUUGUUGUAUGCACAAGUCUUCUGCUGAUCAACGGACAGAAAGCAGGUAAAAAUUGGAGAAGGAAAAUGCAAAGGCACAAUUGUUUGCAAAGAAGAUGUAUGCCUCUCCACUCGCGAGUUCCCUUUCCCUAAGAUCACCAGUGAAACCACAAAGGACUUCAAGCACCUGCUACUGCAUCACUAUUACGGAGGUGGGGUGAAAACUAAAAAGGACUAUUUCAAGGAAGUGAAGAGACCAUGAGUCUGAAUUGGUGAACAAAUAUACACUCAAGACAUGGAAAAAUAAAGUUCCUAAUGGAAAUGCAAUAAAAAAAAUCAUUGAAGCAGGACUUUGAAUAAAUGCUCAAAAUUGUAAACAUAGUUCACUCCAGGUAAUUAUUUCCUUCCACAAAGGACAACUAAAUUAAGUACUUUGUUGUAACUGUAAUCAAGUGGAUGAACUACUAUUUGAAUAGUUGUAAAAGCAAAAAGUACAUGGCUUAGUAAUCUAUAUUC